CACAACGUCAACUGUACAUGGAAACGACGUCUUUCGUGGCGUCUAAAUAUUCUGUGGAGGCCAGACGUGAUGUCAGAUCAAAAUGAAAAGCUAAUACGAAUAGUUUUCCGCAUUUUCAAACAUUGUGAAGACCCAACGGAGGAAUACAUCGGACUUCUUGGUUCGCAUCCAGUCGUCGGAAGCUGGAAUAUCAGUGGGGCAAAGACUACAGAAUUUAUCGGGAAAAGCGAGUGGCACUCGGAAGUUUUCAUUCCAGAAAAUGUCGACUUGGAAUACAAGCUUUUUACCUUUAAACCAGUUAAAUCGUUGCAUAACAACAUAUACAUGUAUAACCGACAUGUUAAGUGGACGCCGUUUGUGUGUCACCAAGAACCAAACACGAGAAAAAUUAAAGUUGAAACCAAAUCUAUAAAGUUGGAGAUGGUUUACGGCGAGCCAGGGGAACAUGUAAGCGAAAUGGUGUCACAUCUCUCCAAGACAGGACAGCCCAUUGAUAUUCAUGUUAAAACAGCGAUGAUUAUGCAUACGUCAUGUUAAUAAAAAUGUUAAAUACAAGUUAAAGCAGAGCAAAAGUUCCUUCAAGGGCACAUCUAUAUAAAUAUAUAAUGAAUGAUCA